AGACAUAGCUCAGGAGUGUCUUCUGGAUAGUGUUCUCGAACUGCAAGUUGCUCCAUAUGCCAUCUGUUAUCAGUACAAGAUAGAUCACUAGAUCAUAUCGAUACCAAGCGAAGCAGCUGGCAGAAGCAUGGUACUGGCUAGUGGCUGUUCUUCAUGGAAGAUCGACUGCACCGCGUCUCGCAGCUGGUACAUGUGGAUCUGUAGCUCUGCAUCCUCGAGUCUGACGAUGGGUCCUGAGGAUGAGACGAUGCGCACACUCUCCACAGGCCAGUCGCACUCGAGCGCAGUAUCCUGAGCAAGGGAAAUGUAGUUGUCCCUGAGGUGUUGCUCGAGUGCCUGCGCACAACGGCGUCCGUCACCGUGCAGCGCAACCUCGAUCUGUAGCAACAUACUCCUGGCAAAUGGUGGUGAGCGUGGAGGAUGACCCGCGGCUACGGCACCUCAAAUCGGGUCCUCUGCUGCAGACACAGGUCGUCAUUGCCCUUGCUAUUGGUAUAACGACGUUCCUGGCCUUUUGCAUACUCAGACAGCGCUGGGCGCGGCUAUAUCAGUACAGGAAAUAUCUAGACUGCCCAGAACCGCCGCCGUUGCGCCCAGGGCUCUUUGGAUGGCUCGUGGAUCUCUUCCAGAUCGAUGACCGACAGAUCCUUGCCACCGCCGGCCUCGACGCGGUCGUCUUCCUUGCCUUCUUCAAGAUGGCCAUCAAGUUUCUUGCGACAAGUGCGUUCUUUGGAUUGACGGUCGUGGUUCCAGUGCGCUACAAGUUUGAUACAGAUGAUGCUUGGGGAAACUUGACGUCGGUGUCCGUCACGCCUUUGAAGCACCACGAGAAGCCCAAGACUUGGCUAUGGUCUUAUGUGGCGUUCAGCUACUUCUUUACGCUGCUCGUCUGGUAUUUUCUAGCCCAGACGACGCGAAAGGUCUCGGCACUGCGACAAGAGUACCUUGGAGAUCAAACGACAGUGACGGACAGGACAGUGCGUUUGUCGGGUGUGCCAACAGAGCUGAGAAGUGAAGAAAAGCUGGAGCGGCAUAUUGGGAGUCUCGGUAUUGGCGCGGUGGAUAAGGUUGUCAUCUGUAGACACUGGGGAGAGCUUGACAGGCGCAUGGAGGAGCGCAAUCACAUUCUGCACUCAAUCGAAGAGUGUUGGGCAGUCUAUGCAAGGCAUGACAGCAAGCGACCCAAGAUGCGACUUGGUUUCUUUGGCCUCGCAGGACGCUCAACGGAUUGUAUUGACUACUACACGAUGAAGUUGCGUAUGAUUGACGACGCCAUCACAGCGAUGAGACGAGAGAAGGACGCCUUCAAGCCGACGGCCAUGGCAUUUGUGACAUUCAAGCGCGUCUCGAGCGCGCAGCUCGCUGCUCAAGCAGUCCUGGAUCCACGUCCACUCAGUCUGGUGGCACGGCUGGCGCCAGCCCCCGGAGAUAUCAUCUGGAGCAACGUAUAUCGCACACGCUCUGGACGCAUCAUACGACAGUGGAUUGUCUUUCUCCUCGUUGUCAUCACCACAGUUCUCUGGUUCAUUCCAGUGGGAGCCAUCUCCGUGCUGCUCAGUCCCGAAGGCAUCGCCAAGAUCUCGCCAGCUUUGUCCAAGUUUCUCGAUGACCAUGAACAAUUGCAUGCGCUGGCAGUGGGAUUCCUGCCGACACUCGCCUAUACCAUCUUCUUUGCUCUGGUUCCAUGGAUCUUCAACUGGUUCUCCUAUGUGCAGGGCUACCUCGAUGUCUCGGAAGUUGAGCUUGCCGAAGUGAGCAAGAACUUUAUGUUCAUCUUCUUCAACUACUUCUUCGUCAUUCUUGUGGCAUCGAGUGGCGCGACCCUGCUCGCCCUGACAGAACUCGACACACGCAAGAUUCCACAGCUUCUUGCGAGGAUCUUGACGCAGCGAGCUCAGUUUUACGUGGAUCUCAUCAUUCUUCAAUGUGGCAUGUUUCCAUUCCGACUGUUGGAGUUUGGAACCGUCUUUCUCUAUCCAUUCUACAAAGCUGGGUGCAAGACGCCGCGCGACUACAACGCCCUCCGGAAAGGUCCCAACUUCAACUUUGCGUUUUACUUGCCACAAUGCUUGUUUGUCUUUUGCAUCUGCAUUAUUUACUCCAUCCUCUCGCCGGCCAUCUUGUGCUUUGGCCUCAUCUUUUUCGUGCUUGGCUAUUUCAGCUACAAGUACCAGCUCAUCUAUGCCAUGGACCACCCACAACAUUCGACUGGCAAGGUAUGGCACAUCAUCUACAAUCGCGUCAUCCUGGGACUGGUGGUCUUUCAGUUCACCAUGAUUGGAACACUGUCUACCCAAAAAGUGCCUAUUCCAACGGCCUUCAUCACGCCUUUGCCGUUCUUGACGAUCUAUGUUGCGCAAAAGUUCUGGCAUCAGUUCAGUCCCUUGGCAGACUACAUUGCUUUGCGGGCCAUUGAGCGUGACAGGAGCGACUCGACCACAUCGCAGACGGUAGAUGAGAAUCGGGAAGAGGACGAUGAGUACGGCCACCCGUACCUGACUUGUCCGCUGGAGGUGCCGUGGACAGCGGAGGAGGAAGAGCACAGUGCAUAACGAGGCUGUCUAUCUGUAGUCUUCCUGUACAAGUCACUGAGCCCACAAGUAGACUUGAAGUAGUCCUGCGCUG